CUUGGCGGCUGCUAUGCCAAAGCGCCCCGAGAUUCCGCGAAGAGUUGAUGCUGCGGGCGCGACUGAGAAGACGGAACAUUUCGGAGAAGAGCAGUAGCCGCAUCACAGGACUAUUUGACUAUUUUCUUUUUUUGCUCAAGACGAUUGUCACUUUUUAAUCCAAGCAUUUUGCCCAGUGAUAAACACUUUGAUUUCGCUAUCCAGCUUUGUUUUUUUUUCUUUUAGAGAUUUAACUCCCGCCCGGAUUGACUGAUGACCGAUCACCAAAAGAAAUUCCCCCACUGAUGGCAGGGAUGACGAAUGAGACGUGGACACACUCGUCAUACGUGCCCCAUUAUCUCCUGCGUGGCGAUCCUUUCGCCUCAAGACUCUCCAAAGAGGCAGACAUCGUGGCCGCUUUUUAUAUCUGCAUUAUAGGUAUUAUGUCCGCAACGGGGAACGGAUACGUCUUGUACAUGACUAUCAAACGCAAAACAAAGUUGAAGCCACCGGAGCUGAUGACGUUGAAUUUGGCCAUCUUCGACUUUGGCAUAUCAGUGACAGGAAAGCCCUUUUUUAUUGUUUCUAGUUUCUCCCACCGUUGGUUGUUCGGUUGGGACGGCUGUCAGUUCUACGGCUGGGCGGGCUUUUUCUUUGGCUGCGGGAGCCUCACCACCAUGACCAUGGUCAGCUUGGACCGAUACUUCAAGAUCUGCCAUCUGCGAUACGGGACGUGGUUGAAACGGCAUCACGCUUUCCUCUGCUUGGUCUUCGUGUGGCUGUACGCCGGUUUUUGGGCCACCAUGCCCCUGAUCGGCUGGGGAAGCUACGCCCCGGAGCCAUUCGGGACCUCCUGCACGCUCAACUGGUGGCUGGCGCAAUCCUCCGUGUCGGGCCAAAGCUUCGUCAUGUCCAUCCUCUUCUUCUGUCUCGUCCUUCCGACCGGCAUCAUGGUCUUCUCCUACGUGAGGAUCAUCUGUAAAGUCAAGUCUUCCGCAAAGGAAAUCUCACACUUUGACGCCCGGAUCAAUCACAGUCCAAACCUGGAGAUCAAACUGACAAAGGUGGCCAUGCUGAUCUGCGCGGGAUUCCUGAUCGCUUGGAUCCCAUACGCGGUCGUGUCCGUGGUGUCGGCGUUCGGGGAGCCGGACUCGGUGCCGAUACCCGUGUCUGUCAUUCCCACUCUCCUCGCCAAGUCCUCCGCUAUGUACAAUCCAAUCAUCUACCAGUUGGUGGACCUGAAGAACUCCUGCUCGCCCUCCUGUUUCAAGGUCCUUGGGAAACGCCGACAUUUUCCAAAGUCCAGGCUCUACACAAUUUCCGGCUCACUGAAGGAUACACCGGCUUCCCCGAAAGAAGCUCAGGUUGAAAUGUGAGUCGGACGGAACGUGUGGCCAGCUUUGGGACGCUUUGCCUCCUUCCCCGCCGUCUUCUGCGCCCUUCACCUUGCCCCAUUGAAAUGCUGCCCAUUAUCUCCAGUGACAAGUGCAAGCUCUUUGCAUUCUCCCUAAAAUCGGGAUCACGCCAGGCUGGUUCACACCUACACUGAACUUUGGCAUCCUUCCGGCAGCUGGCCGCCACCUCCUCCCCCUUCCUCCUUCAAAAAGCACUUUCCAGAGAGGGCGCGGUCAUGUCUUGCCGUGUCAUGAAAUGUCUUGACUCACCAAUUCAAUUCAAUUAAGUGCAAUAUAAAUACAAAAUGGAUGAAUCGCAGUGCUAUUCACAAUUGUCCUUCACAUCAUUUAAGUAUUAUUAUUAUUUUGGGAGGUGUUGUGUAUAUACUCACUCUCGACAUGAUUCAUGUUCAAUUUCAGCAUAGAUCACUGAUGUUUUUUUUGUGGUAUCUAUGGCAGAGUGACGUUGCGCCCUUCCGUGGCGUGGCAUCGUGUCACGAUGGAAGAUGAAUUACAAAACAGUCGUAGUAUUUACUAGCCGUCAAAAUGUGGUUCGUUUCGUCGUGCUGUGUUGAAGUUUCAGUUGACACCGUCUGAAUCUUUCACCAAGUAUGCAAAAUCUCCUUUUCUAAAAUGGUUUUAGUGUCAUAUUGAACCGGCAUGAACUGAUGGCUAUAAUCUCGCUCUAACAAACAAAGCAGCCUCUGACUAUUCUGAUGUCACCGUAGCUCAUCAACGUCCUGUAACUCGUUUUGAAUUUUCAACGUUUCUGCUGCAAAAUAUGUUGUCCAAAUGUUCUAUGUUUCUACUGAAGAAAGAAAUUAUUUACCAACUA